AUCGCAUAUCCCACUUUAUUUAGGUAGCAUUCACACAACCUAUUUAGAUCACGAUAUUUUUACCCCUAGGAUUAGCAUAUCUCAGUGUUUGACAUGGCAGGAGUCACGGCGAAUGCAGCCCAAACACUCCCGAGAUUUCUACUCCCGCGACUGAGCUGGGUAGGAUCUACUGGGUCUUCGCAAGCAUUGCGAGCUGCGACUCUACCCGCAGAGAACCGACAGUCAUGGCAAGGGUAUGGGACAGCCUCGUUCCACUCACUUCGAGAGAAACCUCAGUAUUUCUCGGGUAAUACAAGGACGAGGCCAUCUAUUCUACUUCAGAAUCCGAAUUUACGAAGGUCAUUCCAUGCCACAGCGCCGCGGGGCAGAGACCAUCACUUCGAUACCCUGAAAUUCGUCCAACGACUACAGAGCGAUGGCUUCACGGAAGAGCAGUCUGUUGCAAUGAUGAAGGUUUUGAACGAUGUAAUCGAGGAGAGCAUACAAAACCUAACUCGGACGAUGGUAUUGCGUGAAGAUGCCGCCAAGGCGACAUACACGCAGAAGGUAGACUUUGCAAAGCUUCGCUCUGAGCUUCUCUCCGCAGACAGCACCGAGUCGAACACAACGCGGGCUGCCCACGAGCGACUAACGAACGAUAUCACCAAGUUGAAUAACCGCCUGCGAGAUGAGAUCGGUCGAACGCAGGCAUCGGUGCGGCUGGAUUUGAACCUAGAAAAGGGACGGAUACGAGAAGAGGCUGUAAGCCAGGAGUUGAAGAUCAAAGAGACGGAGACUAAAAUUGAGCAAGAAGUUGCUGCCCUAAGAGAAAAGCUAGAGCAAGUCAAGUUUCAGACGCUCCAGUGGCUGAUGGGCGUCUGCACAGGUUUUGCAGCAUUGUUGCUUGGUGCUUGGAGGUUGCUCAUGUGAAGCGGAUGGAGACAUCCACGCUGGUUGUCCGUAUUAUUUGGGGUAUUAAAUUAAAGACUUCCAGUCGCAGGACGAGUGGAAAUUAUAUACGGCAGAUAUCGAAUCCAUAAAGAUGGAUCCGAUCAACAGUAUUUUCCAUGUACAUAUUCCUUGUCCAGUAGAUACAGUCAUUGGUACAACAUGGUGUUAGUUCCCUGUG